AUGCCUGGACCAGAACGACCGUCAAUCGCCGUCACGGCUGCCAACAAGACCGAGCGCCACGACUUUGCAGAGUCGACUACUCCUCCACCACAGUCCUCGCCUUCUCCCAGUCCUCCUCCUCCUCAUCAACAACCGCGGGCCGUCUCUCCCAAACUCUCGACGUCGUCGUCCACAAAGACAGCAGAGCCAGCGCGUCCAAGAUGGAUCCUCCACUUGCAGGCCCAGAUGUGGCGCUUCCUCAUGGGCAUUGGCAUGCUGCUCCACCGCAUGGCACCUCCCCACCCUCCUAAACCUUCUUUCAAGCGAUCCAUCAAGGCCACCGUCAGUUCCAAGCCCGGCGACUUCGACCUGCACUUCUACGUGCCCAAGGAUUACGAGCAACACCGCCGCACAAACUUUGCAAAGAGAAAGUACCCCUGCGUCAUCAACUUCCACGGCGGAGGCUUCACAUUGGGCAGCCCUAGUGACGAUGCCCGCUGGUGUGGAACCGUCGUCGACGAAUGUGCUGCCGUCGUCGUGAGCGUCGACUACCGCCUGGCUCCCGAGAACCCCUUCCCUACCGCCGUCGAGGAUGGUGUCGACGCUGUGCUCUACAUGGCCAACAACGCUGACGAACUCGGCAUUGACGAAAACAAGAUCGCCCUCUCUGGCUUCAGCUCCGGUGCCAACAUGGCCUUUACCGUACCCCUCCGCCUUUACGACCACCAGAGCGAGUUUGGCAGAAUCGAGACUCAUGGCGCGAGUUCAUCCCUGCUCAGUCUGCCCAGGACUCAAGAUCCCAGCUCGUCCAGUCUGAGUGUCGACCGCAUCAUCCGCAGCCGCAGUCACACGGUAGCUCCCACCUUGGCCUCGCUACAGAAGCAGCAAAUGUCCGUCAAGCAAGUCGAGUCUGUCCAGUCUGUUUCCCUUUGCGCCAUCGUCCCCUGGUAUCCGUCCUGCGACUACACCCAAACCCGCGAAGAGCGCAGAAACACUUCGGUCCGCACCGAUCAGGAUCUCCCCGCCAUCUUUACCAAUCUGUUUGACGAGUCGUACCUUCACCCGCCGGACACAAUCCCUCUCGACUCGCCCUACCUCUCGCCCGGCAUUGCACCCACAGCCUUCCUCGCCGAAGCCCUGCCUCAGGACAUCAUUAUGCAUACCUGUCAAUGGGACAUGCUCUUGGCCGAGGGCGAAAAGUUCCGUGACCGGCUGACCGGCAAGGGCAUCAACAAGACCGUCCACUACAAGAUGAUUGAAGGCGUGCCUCAUGGCUGGGACAAGGCACCCAACCCCCUCAAACCUACUCCUGGCGUCAAGGAGCACUAUCUCAAUGCCACCAACCAUCUACGACGAAUUUUUGCCAAACAAGGCGGCGAUGCUAACGAAGAUGCAACCAUUGGUGGUGUAGCCGGUGAAGGCAGAAGAAUGAGCACGCUGGUCAAUUAG